AUGGAGGAGAUAAAUGCCGGACCAGGCCCCGGACCGGAAAUGGUACCUACCCCGGAAGGGCUGCAACCGCUUUGUGCUCUUAUUAUGGGUCAACAAAAACUUAUCAGAUUUAACGCAAUCAACACGUUCACCAAUGUUUUCCAGUAUCCGGAAGGAAUGAGCGGAAAAUGGAACGAAUAUUUCGGCAACAACAACCCGAUCACUUUAGAGCUCGCCUGCGGCAAAGGUGAAUACAGUACCGGCCUGGGCGCCAUGCAUCCGGAGCGUAAUUUCAUCGGGGUAGAUGUGAAAGGCAACCGCAUUUUCAUUGGCGCCCGUAAGGCACUCCGGGAAGGACUGGGUAAUGUUGCUUUUCUGCGCACACAGAUCCUGCAGCUUACCCAAUACUUUACAGCGGGCGAGGUCGGCGAAAUCUGGAUCAUCUUUCCCGAUCCCUUUCUCCGUGCGUCAAAGGCGAAAAAUCGCCUGACCCAUGCACGCUUCCUGAGCAUCUACCAGAAAGUACUGAAACCGGGGGCUGUCAUCAACCUGAAAACAGAUUCCAAAGAACUUUACGAUUUUACCCUGGAAAGCAUUGCCGAGACCGGCUGUACCAUACGUGAUAACAUCGACGAUAUAUAUGGACGAAAAAAAGCAACCGGUCCUUUGGCGAUCCAGACAUUUUAUGAAGGAAUGCACCUCGCCGAAGGCAGAAUCAUUUAUUAUCUGUCUUUUACGCUACCAGAUACGGUGAUCAUACCACCCGCUAAAAAGAAAGAGGAAGAAGAUGAUGAAAUAGCGGAUAAUGAUGAUUGA